ACGGCUAGCAUUUUUUCCCCCGGCAGCUAGCGGUGUGUAAAUGGGACAGUUUAUCAUUCCGGUUUAAUGCUUAAAUUCUCUUUUCGUUAUCUGGCACAGAGCAGCAACAUUUGCAAGGGACACCAGGGGAGCAUAUUUUAAAACGGGGCUUGUGUGUGGUAGUAACGGGGGACGGGUUACCAGAGAAAAAUAAGUUGAAUGGAUCCGAGGGUUGCUUGGAUUCAGCCGGAACAGAAAGGACCUGCGAACGCCUUAUGGAUGCACGUCUGGGAGACCUCUCAGGGAACACGGACCCUCUCCUCCGCCCAGCACCAGAAUUACAACCAGUGUGUGAAAUACGCUGCGUUGGGGGUUUUAAAAAAUGUGGCUUCUAGCAAGAGCAGCAGCAGCCAUCAGAGCAUCACUAGCACUGCGAUUUCCUCCCUGGAUUUAAGGCUGUCCAACGACAACUCCACCGCUGAACCAGAGGAGAAAACCUUGCUACAGAAAAGGGGAAUCUCGUCCACCACGGCGUUGCAGGAGUUCCGCACCCCUUCCAGCUGUGAGAGGACUAUGGGUGGAAAUGUAACAGGCAAUAUUAAUAGUACAAAUAAAAACGUCGGGGGUGCCAAUUUCCUCCUCCACGGCAUGGAUAAUAAUGUCUAUCAGCUCCCGGCUUUCCAGCAGCUUUGCAUGAAGCGCCAUCAGGUUCACCCCUCCGUACCUGAAAACCCCACACACAAUCACCAUCCAGGCCGGAGGAAAAGUGACAACAAAGCGAGCACUUAUGGGAUGAAUUACUUGCUUUCAAACUGCACUAAUGGCAAUUAUACGUGCACUUCUUGGACGCCAUGGAAGACGAGGAAGUACAGCCCUGGGGUCCUGGGACUCCACGAGGAGGUGAUUGACUUCUACAACUUCAUGUCUCCUCGCCCAGAGGAAGCAGCUAUGAGGAAGGAGGUGGUGAACCGGAUAGAGAUGGUCAUCAAGGAGCUGUGGCCCACUGCAAAUGUCCAAAUAUUUGGCAGCUUCAGCACAGGGCUGUACCUUCCAACCAGUGACAUUGACCUGGUGGUGUUUGGGAAGUGGGAUCGACCCCCGCUGCAAGACCUGGAACAAGCCCUUCGCAAACAUAAUGUGGCAGAACCUUUCUCCAUUAAAGUGCUGGACAAAGCUACGGUGCCAAUCAUCAAGCUGACAGACCAGGAGACGGAGGUGAAGGUGGACAUCAGCUUCAAUGUGGAGACUGGUGUCAAGGCGGCGAGUUUCAUUAAAGGUUAUGUUAAGAAUGGCAUCAAGUUCAACGUGAAGGGCUUCCACAACCCUCCGCUGGUCAGCAACCCUGUGCUGGUUAAUCGCGGACACACACACACUCACUCUCACACACAGUAUCACCGCAACACGUGGCGGCGCAGGAAGAGGGAGAGCCUCCCGACAAAGGAGAUGGAGGAGAGGAGGAGGGGGGUCAUCCUGAACCAAUGA